UACACAAAUCCGUUUCGUAACCACUAUUUUGUGGGGUGGGUUUGUUUCAUUUCUUACAAAUGUCAGUCUCAGAUACCAAAUAAAUAAUGAAGCGUGAAGGAUGUGCUUUCUUCCGGAAUCCUGCUGAUGGCUUGCAUCAGUGACUCCGUGGAGAGGUGAUUACUCAGAAUUGGAGUGCACUAAAGAAAUGAUCACCUUGUUUCGUUCUCAGGUGGUCUCAAGAACCAUCCUACAGCUCUUUUUUCAUUGUCUUCUUCAUGGAUUUCACAACCCGGUUCUGGCUGAUAUCCCCGAAAAGCACUGCCCCGACAACAGUUCAAAUGCCACAAACAGUGCAUAUCGGGGCAACCUCCAGGAGCUCACUUCUUGGAUGAUAAAGAACGCUUCUUCCUCCAAGUUCUUCGAGGACUCGUCCGGGAACUCCCCAAAUAAAGUUUAUGGUCAAUACAUGUGCCUCAACUAUGUCCCCAAUUCAACAUGCCGAAGUUGCAUAGUCAAGGGAUCAGAAGACAUCCUGGAGCUUUGUCCAAACAAGAUGGAAGCCGUCGUUUGGGAGGAUUCUUGCCAGUUGCGUAUAUCCGACCAAAAAUUUUUCGGCCGUCUGUUUGAAAUAUACAAACAUCAGUUCAAUCCGAAAAAUAUAUCCGACCCUGGCAAGUUCGGGUCAGUGGUGGAUGAAACUUUAAGUUUUCUUGCCCGGAAAGCAGUUCUUGAGUCUCCAGGGACUUACUAUGCUACUAAGGAAAAGGAAUUUGAAUUGGGCACGAACCAGACUUUAUAUGCUCUUGUUCAGUGCACUCAGAACUUAACAGCAGAUGAUUGUCGCAAGUGCCUCCAAGAAGCAACAAGACAUGUGAAAGAUUGCUGCUAUUUUUCGCUCGGAGCAAGAGUUCUAAGUCCGAGUUGCUACUUGCGAUAUGAGUUAUAUGAUUUCUAUGGAACAAACGAGCCGGUGAAGAAGUCUGCAGGGAAAAAGUGGCUGAUCAAAGUUCUCACAAUUUCAUUGCUCUGCUUGGCGGCAAUCAGUUUGUGCUCCUGGAUUUUCUUCAUCGUCAUCAAAAGGAAGAAAGACCUCGCAGAUAAACAGGAUCAACCUCUGGUUACUGGUGAUUCUGCUCAUGGUAUUCUUCCAUUGCGAUACAUCCCAGGAAAUACUCUGACUGAAAUUCAAGAUCAUCCAUAUUUUGAUAUGAGAUGCAUACUUGCGGCUACUGACAACUUCUCAGAUACACUAAAACUAGGACAAGGUGGAUUCGGUCCAGUUUACAAGGGUAUUUUAUGGGAUGGGAGAGAAGUUGCGGUGAAGAGGCUAGAGAGCUGGUCAGAGAAGGGUUCCGAAGAAUUCAGAAACGAAGUCCUGCUCAUAAUGAAACUUCAACAUAAAAAUCUGGUCCGGCUUCUUGGAUUUUGUGCAGAACGAGAGGAGAAGUUGCUUGUCUAUGAGUAUAUGCCAAAUAGAAGUCUUGAUGUCUUUCUCUUCGACGCGCAGAGAAGGAUCGAGCUGAGUUGGAGCAGACGUCUGAACAUAAUCAUCGGCGUCGCUCGAGGUCUGCUAUAUCUUCAUGAGGAUUCUCGUCAAAGAAUCAUCUACAGAGACCUCAAAGCAAGCAAUGUGUUAUUGGAUUGCGACAUGAACCCAAAAAUCUCGGACUUUGGACUGGCAAGGAUCUUUGCAGGAACAGAAAAUGAAGCAAAUACUGCUACACUAGUUGGAACCUAUGGUUACAUGGCGCCGGAGUAUGCAAUGGAGGGGUUAUAUUCCAUAAAAUCGGAUGUCUACAGCUUUGGAGUUCUCCUGCUUGAGAUAAUAACAGGGGAGAGAAAUGCCGGCUUUUGGCAGUCAAGACGUGCCUCGAGUCUGCUAGCCUAUGCAUGGCAGUUAUGGAAUGAAGGAAGAGCAAUGGAGUUGAUGGAUCCAUUGCUCCACAACGAGUGUUGUCCUGAAGAAUUCAUGAAAUGUGUCCAUGUCGGACUUUUGUGCGUUCAAGAAGACGCGUUCGACCGGCCGACCAUGUCGGCUGUCAAUGUGAUGCUCAAAAUGGAUGCUGUAAUUCUCCAUCAACCUUUUAAACCCGCCUUCUCGGUCAGCGGAUUCACUCAUUGGUCCAAUGGAGGUGUUGAAGACAGUGAUUGUUCCGUUAAUCGCUUGACGGUUUCCACUGUGGCACCUCGGUGAGAAAAGUCUACCCUAGGAGAUAAACACGGUUCCUUGUACAAGUAUACUGCUUGGACAUGGUAACUUGUACACUAGUUAUUCGCUAAACAACCGAUUCUCAACCAUAAGCUGUUUAAUUAUGUGAGAUGACCAUCUCGGCUCGAGAGACAUCGACACGUCGAGGACGUUAUCAUUUUCCAACCUUCCUCGUUGAUUUUCAUGGCUCUUGAGCCGGAAAUAAAAGCUCCUAAUAUGAAUCCAUGUUCUUCCUCA